AUGUGCCACAAGAACGUUCACACCUACGUCUACCCUGACGGGCGCAAGGUAGAACAGAUCCAGAACGAAUUGUGCAAAGACUCGCGCCAUGGCGUCCCGUGCAACCUCACGAAGACGUUUCAUCAUCCUACCGAAUUUCUCCGGCACGGACAACUCACCCCGCCUUCAUUCUCUCAUGGACAGUUCCCGCCCACUCCACCACUGUCCUCUCAUUCCGCAUCUGACUCGGAGCACUCUUCCAAGGAGCGAUCUGGAAUCUACAUCAAUGGCGAAAAGAUUAUCGACUUGAACAGACGCCCAUCGCGACGCGAAAAGGGCGAUCGCGACCUCUAUGUCGAAAGCUCACCGCUGUCGCGUACGCCUCCUCGUACUCGCAGAUACAGCAUGACGCGCAACAUGCCUCCUAGCCCUCGCGAAGAGGCAAUCCCUAUCUACGAGCCCCGACGCCGCGAAAUCAGCCCGGAAGAACGCGACCGCCCCACAUCCUCUCACUCCCGAAAGUCCAUUGAGGUCAAGGUAGUCAACGACCAGCGACGCAGCAGCGUACACCGCCGAAGCGGAUCCAAUAAAUCGAGCUCGCAAUCCGGUGACGACGACUCAGAGCGUCGCCGACGUCGCCGCAGCAGCCACGUCCGAUUCGAGGACGACGAGAGCGAGAAGAGCAAGGAGCUACAGUCUAAAAUUGAGCGCGCAAAUGAGGAUAUCGCCAACCGACCUAUCAUUCCUGCCGCUGGAUCGUUACCCUCGAAGUCUAGAUACCGCCGCGGCUCAGUAACCGUCGACAGAUCUUCUACCGCAUUGAUCGCAUCUAUGGAGCAACUGUCGCUUGAACGCGAGAAGCAGCGCAAGCGUGCCGAACAACGUGCUGAGCAGCGCGCUGAACAACGCAGGCGCGAGGACGAAGAGGCGCAAAGACAACGACUACGGGAGCGCAUGCAACCCAAGCGCCGGGCAACUGUCAGCCACGGCCAGGCCCGCGGUAACAGCAGCGGGCAACUCGAAAAGGUUUACUACGACGAUGACCGUGACAGGCAAUACUACUGGGACUAA